UCCACUUGCUUUGUAGCCGGGGGAGUGUUUGCUUCUGAAGGGCAGAAGGGAAGUGGGGGACUCCUUGCCUCAGUGCCCGCCCACUGCCCAGUGAGCAGACUCCCCCGGGCCGUGGCGCGUCAUCCUAGUGUCUCUGCCCACGGCACUGGAACUGUUUGCUCGUGGGCCCAGCUCCCCAGCGGGACGGGCAGCUGCGGACAGACACCGCACCCAGCUCCUCUCUGAAACAGCCGCCCUUAGCACCAGGGGCUCUGAGAGAGACCCUAGAGAAGGUUCGGGGAAUGGCUCAGUGGCUGCUAAGUGUUUAAGGUUUGCUGGUUUGUUUUUGGACCACAUCCAGCAGUGCUAGGGUUUACUCCUGGCUCUGUGCUCAGGGACCCCUCCUGACAGGGUUCAGGGACCCCAGGGAUGCUGGGGAUCGGACCUGGGUCAGCCGAGUGUAAGGAAAGGGUCCUAGCCGCGUGUAAGGAAAGCGUCCUACCUGCUGUGUAUUUGGCCGCAAGAAACAGCAGAUCUGACCAAACUGGCGUGGACACACUGCUUGAUUUUCCUUCUCCAGGCCACCUGAAUAUUAGUGCUGGCCGGCCUGGGGCUCAGUGACCGAGUGUGUCUGCGCUGACACGUGUGUGAUUUCCUGGGCCUUUUUAUGUGUCAGCCAGAAGGGCUGCUGCAGGAAGGAUGAGCCAGCCCCACGACAUUUAGCGUUUGCGCACGCCAAGCCCUCCGUGCCUCUCCCUGAGCGUGGGAGUUUUGCUUCAGAGAACCAGAGGUGAUUCAGAGACCCAGACUUUUCAUCCAGCGGCUCGCUCUCCUUUAGGUCAAUCUGCUGCAGAGGAGGGGCGUGGCGCAGGAUGAAUUCUUCCCGGCUGGAGGUGAAGCCAUGAAGGGCAGCUAGAAGGAAGGAGGAUGCUUUUCCGCAGUCGCUUCUUGCUGCUGCUGGCCCUGGCUGCCCUGCUGGCCUUCGUGAGCCUCAGCCUGCAGUUCUUCCACCUGAUCCCCCUGUCCUCAGCUAAGAAUGCGGUGAGCAGCAAAAGCCGAAAGCGAAUCCUGCCCGACCCCGUGACGGAGCCCCCCGUGCUGGAUCCCGUGUAUGAAGCCCUUCUGUAUUGCAACACACCCAGUGUGGCCGAGCGCAGCAUGGAAGGCCAUGCCCCGCACCACUUCAAGCUGGUCUCUGUGCACGUGUUUAUCCGCCACGGGGACAGGUACCCACUCUAUGUCAUCCCCAAAACCAAGCGCCCGGAAAUCGACUGCACUCUGGUGGCUGACAGGAAGCCCUACCACCCCAAGCUGGACGCUUUCGUCGCCCACAUGUCGAAAGGACCCCGCGCGGCGUUUGAAAGCCCCUUCCACGCGCUGCCGCUGUACCCCAACCACCAGCUGUGCGAGAUGGGAGAGCUCACGCAGACAGGCGUGGUGCAGCACCUGCAGAACGGCCAGCUGCUGCGGGACAUCUACCUGAAGAAGCACCGCCUGCUCCCCGACGGCUGGGCGGGCGCGCAGCUCUACCUGGAGAGCACGGGCAAGAGCCGCACGCUGCAGAGCGGGCUUGCGCUGCUCUACGGGCUGCUGCCCGACUUCGACUGGGGCAAGGUCUACUUCAGGCACCAGCCCAGCGCCCUGUUCUGCUCGGGCAGCUGCUACUGCCCCGCGCGGAACCAGUACCUGGAGCGGGAGCAGCGGCGCCAGUACCUGCUGCGCCUCAAGAACCGCCGGCUGGAGGCCACCUACGGGGACAUGGCGCGCAUCGUGGACGUGCCGGCCAAGCAGCUGCGCGCCGCCAACCCCAUCGACUCCAUGCUCUGCCACCUGUGCCACAACGUCAGCUUCCCCUGCACGCGCAGCGGCUGCCUGGACCUGGGCCACUUCCGCGUGCUCAAGGCGCACCAGCUGGAGGACGAGCAGGACCGGCGCGAGAAGCGGCUGUACCGCGCCUACGCGCUGCUGGGCGCCCACCCGCUGCUCAACCAGACGGCCGGCCGCAUGCAGCGCCUGGCCGAGGGCGCGCGGGACGAGGUCUUCGCCCUGUACUCGGCGCACGACGUCACGCUGUCCCCCGUCCUCAGUGCCUUGGGGCUGUCCGAAGCCAGGUUCCCCCGCUUCGCCGCCAGGCUGGUGCUGGAGCUGUGGCAGGACCGCGCCGAGCCGCGCGCGCACGGGGUGCGGGUCCUCUACGACGGCGCCGACGUCACCUUCAGCACCACCUUCUGCCGCGACCACCACCAGCGUUCCGCCAGGCCCAUGUGCCCCCUGGAGAACUUCCUCCGCUUCGUCCGGAGGGACAUGUUCGAGAGCCUGGGCGGGGGCGGUGCCACCUACCACGAGGCGUGCCACCGGGAAGGGUUCUGAGAGGUUGGCGCUUGAUGGUGGCGGCGGGCUUCCGUGCCAGGAUAGAGGGUCCCGGUCGGCCCACCCAUCGCCGAGGGUACCCGGGGGGUGAUUUCUCGAGGCUAGACACUGUGCAGGGAGUGCCGGCGGGGUUUGGGCGGAACCAGAAGGACCAGGCCCCCCCUAGGGUACGAGUUCGUUGGCACACUGGGGCCAGUCCGUGGAGGACCAGGCCUGCGCCCCGCUGGACGUUGCUUCCACGAGGGCAGAGUGUGUCAGCCCCCAGCACUGCCCGUCCACUGCCCAUUACACCUGACCUGGUCCCUGUCCCAGAACCAGUCAACCUCAGCCAAACCCCGUCUGGGACAUUUUUUCCCCUGCCCUGGUUCAGUGAAAACUGCCCCCACCCCUGGGUCUAAUAGAGGGGUGCCAUGAUUUUUCUUUUUUCUUUUUUUCAUUUUGGUGAAGGGCCAGGUGGUAAAUAUUUGAGACGUUUCUGGUCCGAUGGCCUUCUAGAGUCCCAGUCACAACCAACCUCAGUUUGGUAACCAGAAAGCCACCCCGGAAAUCCAUAAGUGACUGGGUGUGGCUGCAUUCACAGCUCCCCCCUCCCCCCCACACACACUUCCCAAAUGGGCCAGGCGGUGCCAGGAGCCACUGCAGCCUGCUGACUCUGAUCUCCAAAGGUCACCUGCUACACUGGCAAUGCCAGCACUUUGCAAAACAGCUGAAUACCCAGAAUUAUUCAGCAGUGCCUCCAGUAACAUCUGCCAGAAACCCAGAAUUCAGUGUGUGUCUGGCCUGAUCACAAAACUCUCGGGGCCGUCAGAUGUAGGAUCAGAAGCCAUCAGACCCGAAACCAUUAGACCAGUACUUGACGUUCACGAUGAUUGUGGUGUAAGAUAGCUGAGCACACCGGGAAUAUGUGUCUGCUGUCAUCUCCUUGCUGCGUGUGCAGAUUUUUGUAUUCCAUUUAGUAUUUUUAUAGUCUAGGAGGUAUUUUCUAAGACUAGGUUUAGGUGUGCUCUGUGUGUGAUAAUUCCCCUUCCUGUCUGGUGGCGAGGUAGGGGCCGCAGCUGUGUUCAGACCCUGUCUUCCCCCGGAAUAAAUUAAGCCCCAUUCCUUCCAACAGGCCCUUUGAAUUGGAUCCAUUUUGGAGCCAUUUCGUUCAUGUCAUUUGGACUUGAAAAAAGUCC